AUGGUGGCUGCUUAUGGGGAGAAUCUGGUUGUUUUGAAACCAUACUUAUUAAGCCCUUCUUUGUUGAUCAAAGCUCUCAAAUUAUGCAGCUACGAAAACGUCGAGAAACAAGUUUUGUUGAUCCAUGGGAAUUCUGUGACAAAUGGGUUCGGCUCCAAUCUCCAGUUGAGCAACGGUUUGAUGAACUCGUAUGCGAAACAGGCAGAUGUGAAACACGCACGUAAGGUGUUUGAUAGAAUGCCUAAAAGAAAUGUGGUUUCUUGGAAUAUAAUGAUCGAUGGAUACACCAGCAAGUAUUGUGGAGUUACUUCGUUUCGUUUGUUUCAUGUGAUGCUUGCGGAAGGGAAGAAGCCAGACUGCUAUACCUUUGGCAGCCUUUUGAGAGCUUCUACUGAAGUUAAGUGUCUUGAAAUGGUCAGUGAAUUACACGGAUUUGCUAUCAAGCUUGGGUUCGGGGGAUCAAUUGCACUGAUUAGGUCUCUGGUUGAUGCAUAUUGGAAGUGUGGUAGCCUAGCCAAUGCUAAGAAAUUGCACAAGGGCUCCGUGAAAAGAGACUUGAUCUCUUGCACUGCUCUAAUUACAGGUUUUGCACAGCAGACCAAUUGCACAAGCGAGGCCUUUGAUAUCUUCAAAGAGAUGAUACUGAUGGAAGCAAAGAUGGACGAAGUUAUAGUAUCUUCAAUGCUUAAAAUAUGCACCAACAUCUCAUCGUUAGCCGUUGGAAGACAGAUACAUGGUUUUGCCUUAAAAUCCUCCCAAAUCAGAUUCGAUGUUGCUUUGCGUAACUCACUGAUAGAUAUGUAUGCAAAGUCCGGGGAAAUCGAGGAUGCUGUCCUUGCUUUCGGAGAGAUGGAAGAGAAAGAUGUAAGAUCAUGGACCUCUUUGAUUGCAGGGUAUGGGAAACAUGGAGAUAUUGAGAAAGCAAUUGAUCUUUAUAACAGAAUGGAGCAUGAAGGGAUCAAACCGAAUGACGUCACUUUUCUUUCCGUCCUCUCUGCUUGUAGCCACACAGGACAAACCGAACUAGGCUCGAAGUUUUUCAAUUCAAUGAUCAACAAGCAUGGAAUCAAAGCUCGUGAAAAGCACUUAUCUUGCAUCAUAGAUAUGCUUUCCCGUGGUGGCUACUUAGAAGAAGCUUAUGAACUGAUAAGAGGUCAAAUGGGUAUUAUUAGUCUUAGCUCAUCAACAUGGGCAGCUUUUCUUGAUGCCUGCAGGCGUCAUGGAAACGUGCAGCUCAGCGAAGUAGCAGCUGCGCAGCUUCUGAUUAUGGAACCAAAGAAAGCGGUCAAUUAUAUCAAUUUGGCAAGUGUAUAUGCAGCUACUGGAGCAUGGGACAAUGCUUUGAAGACUCGAAAGCUUAUGAAAGAGAGUGGUUCCUGCAAUAAAGCUCCUGGAUACAGCUCUGUGUAUUGA